AUGUCUAGCGCAGGGGCAAAGGCUGUCUUUGUUACAUGCCUCAUUAUCAACGUAGUUCUGUGGUCACAGAGUCGAUACGGCCAGUCUUACCAAGACCGGUCUCUGCAGUCCCUUUGGAAGCGGAACUUGAAUGGCCCAACGCUGACGACUACAGACGAGAGCUGCUCUCCUCUAUCAUAUUCGGACCUUUCAUUACAAUGCGCACAUGUUAUCGAGUCAUGUCCGUCGCCUGAAACGUUUCUAAGCAUUCCGUCCUUGUCCUACUACUUCUGCGCUCCCCCACCCUUCCGACCUCUGAUUUUCGCUGGAUUAGUGCUCUGGCUCCUGUUUCUAUUCAGCACACUUGGAAUAUCCGCAUCUGAUUUCUUCACUCCAAACUUGGCGACCAUUGCAACCUUCCUAGGUCUCGAUGAAAACGUUGCUGGCGUCACCUUUCUUGCAUUCGGAAAUGCCUCCCCGGAUGUGUUCAGCACUUUCUCCGCUAUGCGUGCAGACUCAGGAAGUCUUGCCAUCGGAGAGCUGCUUGGAGCUGCCUCGUUUAUAGUAAGCGUCGUGGCAGGCAGUAUGUGCAUCAUCAAGCCGUUUAAGGUCGAGCGAACCCCAUUCCUAAGGGACGUCGGCUUCUUUACCCUUUCCGUCAUUGCGCUGCUCGUGAUACUCCACGAUGGCCGCAUCAGAGCGGGAGAGUGCGCAUCGUUGGUAGCCAUGUACGCGUGUUAUGCCGUAAUCGUCGUCGUGGGGAGCUGGUGGGAGCGGCGGCGUGAUCGAAGGGAGAAGCUUGAAGCCCUCAUUCGAGCAGAAUACGGCGAGGAUGAAACUAUAGUAGAACAGUAUCAAGACGUAGUUGCUCCUCCCGCUGAUACACUUGCCGUGCCUCUCUCGCCACCACCACGAAUCCGGGCGUCAUCGUGUCCCCAACCCCCACGACUUGCACUCCCAACACCUUCACACACUCGCACACUGUCAUCCUCUUUCCAUGCACAGCCCCCUAGCAGGGAGCGUACACCCUCGCCCCUGAGUUCACCCCACCUCUCACAGAUGCCGUCCUUCUCGCUGGUCGGGGCGCUCGAGUUCAGACAGGUGGUAGCAAGCCUACAAGCGCAUGCCGCUUCCAGCAGCUUGUCCAUCUUCGACAGCCCCAUCACUCCCUACGCGGGUGGCCACUACCACCGACGUGGCGGGAGCCAUGCAAGUCGCACUCCAUUGAGCGAGGAGGAACCCUGGGACGCAACGUUAGGGGGACUGCCUCUGAACGAGCGCAGUCCGAGACUGCUCGUGAAUGACAUCAUCUCAGAGGGUCAUGAAUCAUCGCAAUCAUCGUCAGCGAUCAACGUGCAGGCACGCGCCUCUACUUCAAUAUCACCCAUUCCAUCCAUUUCGCACACCCCUGCGUCACCAACGGACACCGCGUCCACCACGACGACAGAAGUGGAGCCGUAUGUUCCUCCCUCGAAACUCGAGCGUGCAUGGCGGGUCGUGAAAAAGACGUAUUACAUCCUCUUCCCUGCAUUGCAUCACUUCAGAGAAAAGAAUGCAUUAGGGAAAAUAGCAAGUUUGCUUGCCGCGCCUGCAGUAAUGGCGCUCACGCUGACUCUACCUGUGGUCGUGGUCCCAUAUGACUCUAAUGGAUCUGCAUCGGAGAAAAUGCAUAAGCGCCAUCAUAACGCCGGCGAGGAUGGCCGGUUAAUGGACUUCGAGGAAGACGGCAUCGAACGUGCCUUGAUUGCGGAGGAAGUGAUGCAGCAGGAUCUCCACGAGAUCGAGUUUAAUAAAUGGCUGAUGGCUGCACAAUGUGUCCUAGGGCCUUUGUUUUGUUUAGGGGUGUUAUUCCGUGCGUAUGUUUUCUCUUUGCCCGCUUCCCUUUUGGACUUUGAAUAUGAUGCGGAUCACUUUAUGUUCCUUGCGUUAGGAACAGCUGUGUGUGGACUUGCAGUUGCUGCGCUUAUGCUCGUGUUUGCGGAUGGCAGAAGCCACCCUACUGCACGUAUGGCUCGGUGUAGUAUGGGUUUCUUGGUUGCGAUUGCAUGGAUUAUGGCAAUCGCCGAUGAGGCUGUCAGUGUGUUGCAGACAUUUGGUUUCAUCUUUGGACUCUCGGAUGCCAUAAUUGGCCUUACGAUUUUCGCAGUAGGCAACUCUCUUGCGGAUCUCGUAGCCAACAUGAGCGUAGCUGUCUUCGCCCCAAUCAUGGGUUUCUCUGCAUGCUUCGGCGGGCCCAUGGUCAACAUCCUUCUCGGUGUUGGCAUCUCCGGUUCCUAUGUGAUUUCGCAAGCUGGUGGCGAGCCAUACAUGUUGCACUUCUCAUCUACGCUCUUGAGCAGUAUACUUGGUUUGCUGACAUUGCUCAUCGCAACGCUGGUAAUCGUCCCACUGAACGGGUACGUACUAAGCCGCACGUGGGGAUUCUGUUUAGUUGGCGCGUAUUUCGUGAUCAUGGGAAUGAAUAUAUGGGUGGAGCUGAGGUGGUAG